AAUUCUGCAAGUGGUUCUGAUUUACUAACGCUGUAUUCUAGCUGGUCUAAAACCUCUUUUGACCUAAAGGGACACUUUUUGGAUGCCAUGGACUUUUCUACGUUUUCAGGCAGAAAGAAGAGUAAAAAUGCAGGCAGGGCACAGGACAAAGCACUCGGGACAAAAUGUAUGUGAAAUGCUUUGAUACAUGAAUGUCAGUUUUAAAAAUUUUCAAAUUUCCCACCAGUUCCGGCCCCCGUAUAUCCCAUAUGUCCCGACGCUCGCAGUGACCGGAACCCGGAAGAUGGAUGCCGGCAUUGCCCGGAGAAGAUGGCCAGGGACACUGCAGGGGGGACAU